CCGACAUGCACAGUUUGCGUCGACCGUAGCGAUGGCGACGAGGUCGUUGGCAACGGGCCAGCCUCACUUCUGCGCCUCGUGCGGCAAGUUCGGCGCGUCCAUGUCGAUUACGCGCUCAGGCCUUCUCUUCUUUUGCUCCAAGGAAUGCCUGCAGCGUCGCCAUCGACGGGCCCACGGCGCGACCAUGAUCGGCGGGCUCCAUCCUAUCUGCGAAGUGGAGUCCCCACGACCCCGCACGAGUACGUCGUCGUGCGAGCUGUGUUGUCUCGGCCGGGGUGGCACCCGGCUCGAAGUUUCAUCCGCGGAAGACACGUCGUCGAUCGUGUCGACGUGUGCGUGCGGCAACCUUGUCGGGUUUUGGGUCUAAUGCAGCGAUAAAUUAUAACUUAUGACACAAAUUCGGGUUGGUUUUCUACUGCAAGGCGGCGGCGUUGUCGCGGAGGUGUUGCAAGAUCAAGUCGACGGCCGAGCUGAGGUACGGCGGCAACCAGUCGUCGUCUUCGCUGGACAAAUCGUCCAAUUCUUGAAGACUCGCUUGACUUUCACGAUGAUACAAGCACUGAUGCCGAUGGGUGCGGCUGUGGAAGAUGAGGCAGUCUCUCGAGCAGUAGUACGCGUGGCCGCAAUUGCCGUGGCACGGAAUGGCAUUCCGCGCGGCCUUGCCGCAGUGCUCGCAGUCGUAGAUGUGGAAAGCAGCCUUGAGCUGCUGGAAGAGGUCAUCGUCGUCAUCAUCCUCGCGACUCAUGCAGCGGUGACGUUGUGUAGCCAUGGC